UAAAUUUAUUAUUUAUAAAUUUAAAUUAUGAUGCAAAUUAUACUUGUAAUCGUUUGAAAAGUGAAAAUCAAACAAUGCUAAAAUUGGAUGAUGGUUGGGAAACUAUACCCGAAUCGAUUAUAAUGGAUUUGAUUUUUUCAUUGCUACUAUUACUACCUUAUUAUUAUUUUCCAUUAUACGUUCGUCGAAAUGGUUGGGAUAGAAAAUUUUCCAAUUUUACAUGGACACAAUAUUUUGGUCGAAAUAAUCUUUUCAAUCUUAAAUAUUCAUCAAAUGAUUCAAUGAAUUUUUCAAUCGAUAAUAAUAAUAAUGAUAAAUUGAUAAAUUCAGAUUCAAUCAGACCAAUUGAAUUAUAUCUGAAAACAUUAGAUGAUAAUUAUGAUAAUGUUGAUGAUCUAGAAGAACUGAAUCGACAAGAAUCUAAAACAAUGAUUGCACGAAUAAUGUCUUCAGCAUUUUUACCGAAACAUUUUGAACCGGAAAAAUGUCCAAAACGAUCCGAGAAUAAUUUGAAAAAAAAUGAAACACUUAAAUCGGAAACAACUGAUGAUAUUACACCAACCACAGCAACGACCACAACGAAGACGACAACAACUGAUUUAUCACUUUGUUCAAAAAUCCGGAAAAAAAGUUCAAUUUGGAAAAUAUUGCGUUUCGAUAUUUGGACAACCGGUAUUACGGAUGAACAAAUUCAAAAUGAACGUGGUUUUGAUGCCUAUCAAUAUCUAUUAUUUCAACAAUAUCUGAUUGUUUUAUUGGUGAUUAUGACUAUAAAUGCAAUUUGUCUAAUACUACCUAUCAAUGUUUUUAGUAAUCCGGAUUGCGAAGGAUUUGCCUGUACAUCGAUGAAUAAUCUACCACAUGGAUCACCACUUUGUUGGUUUCAUGCCAAUCUUUCGGUUUUAAUUGUUUUAUUUUCAUUAUUUUUAAUGAAUCGUUUUGCACAGGAAUUACAUUUACCAUGUCAAUUAAGUUUAGAUCAAACUGAUGUUAAAGAUUCAUUUACAUUUGAUGAAAAUCAACAGCAAAAAAUUCUUCUUAUACGACCAUCAAUGGAUAAAUUAACAUCGUUACGAAAACAACCACAACAGCAACAUGGAUCGAUAAAAGCUGAAUCAGUUUUUGCUUUAAAUCAAACGACAACAACAUCUAAUUAUGGUAGUAGAGGAGGAUCGGAAACAAAAAAUCAAAAAAGACUGGAUAUAUUGGAACAAUUAAAAUCAAAUCUAAAAAAAUCAUAUCCAUUUGCACGAUUAAUUGGAAUUCAAUUAAUAAUGGAUAGUAGUCAUUUGACUGAUUUGGAACAUAGUUAUCGUUGUUCAUGGUUAGCAUUACAAUCAUUACAUAAUGAUGAACGGAAUUUUAAUGAUAAAUCAAAAACAAAAUUUCAAAUAAAACCAUGUGGACAAAUUUGUUGUUGUAUAUCGGAACCGGCUGAUUCACCGGAACAAUUUUAUCGUAAUGAAUUAUAUGAUUUUCGUAAAAAAAUCGAUGAAGAAUUACAAAAAUUAACACAAAUUGAAGAUAAAUCUAUACGUGGUAUAUUUGUUGAAUUUGAAUCCGAACAAAUAGCCGCUAGUGUUUUUAAACGUUUGAAACGUCGUUCACAAUCAUCAUCAUCAUCAUCAUCAUCAUCGAAAUUGAAAUCUCGAUCGGGAAGCAAUCAAGCCCUAUUGGAUGAUGUUGAAACAAAUUUUGUUGAUUAUAUUCAUGACCGAUGUCAUUAUCCUGCACCAAGACCCGAUGAUAUUAAUUGGCGUAAUCUUGGCGUUGCUAUCAAACGAAAAUGGAUACGAAAAUGUUUUUGUACAAUAUUUUUAUUGAUAAUUUUUCUUUUUCUAUCAACACCAACAUAUGUUUUUAAAUUAUUGGAUAUUUAUUGUUUACAACAUUUACAUGAUCAACCAAUCUUACGACCAUUAUCAUUUUUAUUUGAUUACCUGAAUCCAAUGCUUAUGGUUAUGUUAGUAUCAUCAAUGCCAUCUAUUGUUAUAUAUGUUUUAAGAAUGAUACCAUAUCAAACUAUUUCUGGAUUGAAUCAUGCAUUAAUGGUUAAUCUUUAUUCAUUUAUGAUAUUAACUGUUAUUAUAUUACCAUCGGCUGGUUUUUUAACAAUGAACGCAAUGUUGGAUAAUAUUUUCGGUAUGAAUACAACAUUAUCAAAUAAAGUAUCCGAAACGGAUACCGCUCAUUCACCUCAAUCAUCAUCUGAAUCAUCAUUUCAUUGGCAAUGUUUAUUCCCGGUUGAUAAUGGUGCAUUUUUCCUUAUCUAUAUUAUUCAUGCAACAAUUUUGGGGAAUUUAUUCGAAUUAUUACGUAUUAUGGAUGCAUGUUUUUAUUUUUUAUAUUAUCUUUUAUACACACGGUCACCAUUCGAAUAUAAAUCAGCACGUAUGAUGAUUAUACAGGAAUUUCCAAUCAGUGUAUUCUAUUCACAAAACCUACUAAUAUUUACAAUGACAAUAAUAUUUAGUUUUGCAUCACCAUUAAUUGUACCAUGUGGUUUAGCAUAUAUGAUUGGUAAACAUAUUGUUGAUCGUUAUAAUAUUUAUCAUGUUUAUUUAUCACCAAAAAUUAAUUCACAAAUUCAUUUAACAGCAUUGAAUUUUGUUCAUAUUGGUUUAGUAUUAAUGUUAUUACAAAUAUUUACAAUAAUGCUGAUCAAAAUGGAAUAUUCAUUAGUAUCACGUUAUAUAUUAUUUGUAUUUGUUUGUACAACAUUAUUUUCAUUAAUUCGUUGUUGUUGUCCAAGUUUUUUGGAUCGUCGUUCACCAUCUAAACGUACAUUAGGACAACAACAAUCAGCCGUUGAAAUUUCACGGCAACAUUGUGAAGAACAACAACAACAACAACAACAACAACAACAACAAACAUCUGCAUCAUCAGCGUCAUCAUUAAAAUCAUUAUUAACAUUACAACAACAACAACAACCGAAUGUUGGUAAUUCAAAAACAGAAAUCUGUAUCUGUUCAUAUACAUGGCCAGUAUUUAUCAAUCUAAUUCGUGAUCAAUUUUUUGAGUAA